ACUGCUUUCAACUAUGCAGGAUGCUGCCCAGUUAGUACGAUUGAUGAUAAUGGAUAAAACUACGCUGCUGAUGUUGUGCUGCCUGGUAAUGCCUACAUCCUCUUUCACACUCUACCCCGGUCUUAGAUUUGACCAGAGAGCUCUGGCUUCGUUCUUGGUCAGCUCGUCCGCAACGCUCCCCAACCAGCUGCCUCACACCGAAGGCAAGACCAAACAAGCAGCUGACAACAGCAGAUCCAUCAGGCAUGCUGACGCCAUCUUUACCAACAGCUACAGGAAGGUGCUGGGCCAAAUUUCAGCUCGAAAAUUCCUCCAAACAGUGAUGGGGAAGCGAUUCGGUGUGGCAGAGGCAAGAGACCAUGUGAAACGUCAGUCAGACAUUUACAAGGACACGUACAAGCAGGACCUCACUGCCAUCUUGAAUGAACAGAAGAUCAGAAGGUGGCAACAGGACGUCACAAGACACAGCUGCAGCGGGAGUACUUGUGGGCGGAGUGAGACUGCAUUUUCUUCCCCUGGGGGACGGAGAGGCGGAGCCAGCGACAGGUGCCUGGAGAAGGCUCAUUGAUCACACCGUUAUUGUUAGUUUUCAUUUCAG